AUAUUUUUUAAUAAUAUUUCUUCAUACAACAUCAGUUAAAUCUGAUUGAAAUAUUUUUGCUUGUUACAUUAAAUUACAUUGUGUAAUUUUUAAGGACCCCCCACGACCCAAAAUGACUUCAUGGCACCUCCAUCUCCACCUCCUCCCUCACUGCAGGAUUACAGAGAUGAGGUGGAAUCUACCGCCCUUCCAAGAUCUGAUGCGAUUGAGACCCAUUGUGGUGUUAUCAGACCUGAAAAUUUGAUCUGGGAUCCUCCAAAUCUUAAGGAGCUUGGUCCAAUGAAAUUGUUGGGUGUUUACAACCUUCCACCAGCCUUCUGGCCUGCCAGCUUAAAGGAUAGGGUGAAGAAUCUUGGCAUUGAUGUGGAUGGGACAAACAGAGCUGAUGACAGCAGCAACAUAAAGAAUCCAUCCUCCUUCGUGCCAUAUGAUACAACGGACCUUCUUGAGAAUUCGAAUUUCUCGACACCUUCCCAUCAUGCAAAUGAGGAUAUUUUUGACAUAGUAGGCCUCUCUGUUGAUGAAUACUAUGGACAGACUGAGAUUGCUGCCAUCACAGAGCAGGGAGAGGACAAGUACGAGCUGUCUCUCAGCCCUGGCGUCAUGGAAGCAGCAGCCACUGAUUCGGAGGAACUUCUGUCUUAUUUCACAGGCUCAAGAAAGAGAAAAAGGGCUAUUUACUCUGGCAAUGAGUUCUCUCCUGCUGCUGCCGAACGUUUUGAGAUGCAUGACGAUUUUGAGCUCUUUGAGCCUCCACAUUCAAAGCCUCGCCUGGACUCUUGUGAGACUGUUGAAGAUGUUCUCUCUCUUUGUCAUUACAUCUACUCUGACGAAAGCACUGAUUUUUACGAUUAA